AUGGGUCAAGCCAUCUUGUUGAGCCCCUCAGAUAGUGACAUCAAUGAAAGCUUCAAAAAGGAGGUCACCAGUGCCAGAGAAUACGCCAGAAAACUCAACGUCGUCAUCCUAUCAGACAAGGCAAAAGAGGAGAAGGAAAAUGAAGAUGAUUCUGGUAAAAUAAAGCAGAACAACAACCAGAAGCUGGGUCUGUGUGAGUCUUUGCUGGCUGUUGGAGACUGGAACCACGCGGAACAGAUAAUCAAGAGAUUGCCUCAAUAUUCAGCCACGGCUCAACCUCCCAUUGCUCAGGGCCUGUGUGCUCUUCUGCACAUUAUUCUGGAUCCUUUAUAUAGACAGUACAGUGGUCUUCCUGCUAAAGUGUUUAAGUACACCCCCAGGCUGGGUCUCUCUGUAACCCAGUGUCACACCUUUGGAGACCUGGUCACAGUAGCCUUCCCCAUGCUGGCUUACCUGGGGCCCAGCCUCUCCUGUGACCCCAAGCUGAUGGUCAAACUGAUACGGGUGCUCAAAACAUUCAUGGAAAAGAGAAGGUCAGGAGAAUUGAUGGACUCUAUGGAGCCAGUAUUUCAUGGGUUGCUGACAGUGUUGGAUGAGGUGCUGAUUCCCAGUCUGUGUAUGAUGAACUGCAACUGUGGAAUGAGUGAGGAAAUCUGGGCCCUGCUCAAGUAUUUACCCUAUGAACACAGAUAUCUUCUUUAUGGGCAUUGGAAAAAUGAAACAUACAACAUUGAACCUAGAUUGAUCAAAAUAAGAGCAGAUUGCCUAGAACGAGCUAAGUAUAUCAUGAAGAGAUUGUCCAAAGAAAAUGUAAAGCCUUCAGGUCGUCAGAUUGGAAAACUAAGUCACAGCAACCCUGGGGUUAUUUUUGAAUAUGGUGGAUAUUUUGCUCAGGUCAAGAACAUCAAGAAAUCCUCAAAUCGUCUAAAGGAGACCCUGUUAGAACAUGACCUGGCCAUCCCUAUGUGUCUGCUGAUGGUGCAGCAGAGAGAUUGUAUAGUGUACCAGGAGGGAGGGGACAGGUUUAUCAAACUGGUGGGGAAAUUAUAUGAUCAGUGCCAAGACACCCUGGUCCAGUUUGGCAGCUUCCUGUCCACCCAGCUGAGUACAGAGGAGUUUGUGAAGAGAUUGCCCUCCAUAGAAGUACUGGUUGGAGAUUAUCAUGUAGCACCGGAUGCCGCUUUUUUCCUUUCAAGACCUAUGUAUACUCAUGCAAUCAAUACAAAAUUUGAUGAGCUUAGAAAAAUAGAUAAAAGCAAUAAAAACAGUACCAAUCAACUGAAGACUCAGAGGUACAUAGAGGCAGCAGCAUCUGUGAUGGAGCCAGUGAUAGAGGCUGUGAAACCAGUCAACUCUCCAAAGGUGUGGGAGGAAAUAAGUCCUCAGUUCUAUGUGACAUUCUGGUCCCUGUCCAUCUAUGACCUCCAUGUCCCCAGUGUGGCCUAUAAUAAACAAAUGGACCAGCUGAGGAAGGUCCAGCAAGCAGUGGACGAGACCAAGGACAUGGCUCAAAGCAAGAAGAAGAAGGAGCGAGAGAGGUGCUUUGCCCUGAUAGACAAACUGAAGGAUGAGGAGAGGAAACAGGAGGAACAUGUCCAGAGGGUGGUGGCCAGACUGAAGGGAGAGAAAGACAACUGGAUUCCUGCACGCUCCACAAAAAAUGACACAAUCACUCAGUUCCUCCAAGUUUGCAUUUUUCCUCGCUGCUGUUUCACUGCCAGUGACGCAGUCUACUGUGCAAAGUUUAUAGAGGUCCUACAUGAGCUGAAGACUCCAAAUUUCUCCACUCUUAUCUGCUAUGACAGGAUAUACUGUGAUAUUACGUAUACCGUGGCUUGCUGUACUGAGAAUGAAGCCCACAGAUAUGGCAGGUUCCUCUGUGCAGCAUUUGAGACUAUCAUGAGAUGGCACUCAGACAAGGCUGUCUUUGAAAAGGAGUGUGGUAGUCAUCCAGGUUUUGUAACAGUGUACAGGAAGACUGACACCAAUAACAAGACCAACCAACAUGGCCAGCUGGACUAUGAGAACUACAGGCAUAUCUGUCACAAAUGGCAGUUUAGAACCACCAAGGCUAUGGUGGCUUGUCUUGAAUCAGGAGAUUAUGGACAAAUCAGGAAUGCUCUCAUUGUGCUCACUAAGGUUCUCCAAUACUACCCCAAAGUCCUGAACUAUGGGCAGGCUCUGGAGAGGAGGGUGGACAGGAUACGGCAGGAGGAGAAGGAGAAGAGACCAGACAUCUAUGCUUUAGCUAUGGGCUACAUCGGGCAGCUGAAGAGCAAAAAGAACACAUGGAUUCCAGAACAAGAGUUUCAUAUUAAAGAAAAUACACGGCGUGUACAGAGCAAACAAGGCACCACAGUAAAGACAAACAGCCAGUCAGCACCAGUGAAAUCUGAACCCAACGGUACAGGGACUGCAGCCACAGCCUCAGAAAAUGGCAAGACAACAAGUUCUGGCAGAGUCAAAGAAGAGAAGGAUGUGAAACAAGAAGGGAAGGAGAGAAGCAAGGAGUCCAGGGAGAGAGAGGUGAGGGAAGGGAGCAGGGAGGAGAGAAGACUGGAGAAAAGUGACAGUCAGAGCUCUGACAGGUCUGAGUCCAGAGCAGACACUGGGAAGACACCAGACAGUAAAUCUUCAGAGAAAAAGGAACAAGGUGGUUUGAUAUGUCCAUGUGGCUCUGGGAAAGACCAAGGCUAUGCGGACAGCAAGGACAAAUCCAGAAGCAAGAGUCCACCCAGCGAGAGAAGAAAAUCUGAUAAAAAGUCAGAAAGGAAAAGGGCCAUGGAUUACUCCCCAGAUGACAGUGAAGACAGGUUUGACAGCAAGAAGAAGAGGGGUGAGCAGGACUCUCCUACAGCCGUGUCCUUGGAUCCUGGGGAAAAUAGUUUCUACAUAGAAGGAUACAGUAUUGCCUGUAGCCAUGCUUUAGCCAAUUUGUAG